AUGGCUGCAAUGAUUGCUUUGAAGGGCAUGAUCUUGGGAGAUCGGCUCCGUAGUAUAUGUCUGGGGAAGAGAAACAGCAAAACGCUCAGCACAAAAUUUCCAAAUGACAAACCUCCAGCCAUUCCACCCGCCGAGAGUAACAACCCAGCGUCACCUUCACCAGUGCCACCCCUGCCCGACGGGUACAAACUGAUCGUCGGCCACUCUAUUGCAUUUGCCAUACCCGCCGUUCUCGGCUUCCUCAUGGUCAUCUUCUUGGGAAUACCUGCCCUAAUGUCGCCAGAGUUCAGGCUUGACCUGGGCUCUUCGCUUUCGUCCCUCAAUAUCUCCACCUCCCAUGUCAGCGCCCAGUGGAACAUUUCUCUCUCUGUCAAGAAUCCCCGCAAGCUCAUCGUUGUCAAGUACACCCACAUGAAGCUCCUUUUGAGCUUUGGAGGUGACCUCACUCUCUCUCGUCCCUCUCAUGUUCCGGCCUUCACUCAGGGCCCUCGCAACUUGACAACGGUGAGAGCUGAGGCCCUGUCGAUGCUGCCGAUCGCCAAUGACUUGGGUAUUAUGGGCCUAGUGCGCUCUUUGCAGGGCGAGGUGGUGACCAUCGACGUGGUGGUGGAAGCCAAGUGGAGGCUGCACCUGGGUCCGUGGCUGUGGGUGCCUGUGUUUGAUGUGCACUUCUCAUGCAUGGACGUCGCCUUUACAACUCCAAACAAUAGCGAGGGUGGCAGUGAUUGGAUGAUCCUUGGUGGUACCCUACAAUGUGAGCCCGACAUCUUCACUGUACUCUACGAUUCCUCCGACCGUCGCUCCCUCCCGACGACGGCCUUCCUCUCUCCACUCGACGGCCUCAUCUCAGCAGGGCUCCAUUCUCUCGGCGCACUUCUUCCUAAAUCGCGCUCUCUCCCGACGGCCGAUUUCGCUCGCCUCUCUCCGUCCCCCGACUCGCGACCGAGAAGCAAUGGCUCGGCUGGUGCCGUGGUUUCUCUAUCGUUUUCCGAGAAGCCCCACUUCAAUUCCUUGCUCUGUUCGUCCAGCGAGUGCCAUGGCCGAAGACCCUUUGGGCUUUUAGAAAGUGGGUGCGUGAAAAGGCGCGGCCUUAGGAGGAGCCUGAGCAGCUUCGUGACGUCUGCCAUCGCCACGCCGAACUCGGUGGUGAGCGAGGAGGCUUUCAAGAAGUUGAGGACUGGUGGGUUCUCGGAGAGCGAGGUUGACGCGAGUGAGGAUGAGGGCGGCUUCGUGUCUGAGGGUGGCGAGGCUGAGAGUGUGAGCGAGGACGAGCUAGCUCUCUCCAAGCUGGGUUUGCCUCAGAGGCUCGUGGAAUUUCUUGAGAAACGUGGCAUUACCCAUCUCUUUCCCAUUCAAAGAGCGGUGUUAACCCCUGUGCUUGAAGGGUGUGAUUUAAUUGCUCGUGCGAAGACUGGAAUGGGGAAGACUUUAGCUUUCGGGAUUCUACUGAAGCGUCUUACUGAUGGUGAUGAACAUAGAAGUCCGAGAUGUGGGCGACUUCCUAGAGUUUUGGCCUUAGCACCAACAAGGGAAUUAGCAAAACAAGUAGAGAAAGAAAUUAAGGAAUCUACACCUUACUUAAACACCGUGUGUGUUUAUGGUGGAGUUUCUUACAUUACCCAACAAAGUGUCCUUUCCCAGGGGUUCGAUGUAGUUGUCAGGACUCCUGGUCGAAUCAUUGAUUUGAUCAACGGUAACAGCCUUAAAUUGGGAGAAGUGGAAUUUUUGGUACUUGAUGAAGUUGAUCAGAUGCUUGCCGUUGGUUUUGAGGAAGAUGUGGAGGUGAUCUUGGAAAAGCUUCCCUCACAGCGACAGCGCCUGCUUUUCUCUGCCACAAUGCCUGGUUGGGUGAAGAAACUGGCGAGAAAGCACUUGAACAAUCCUUUGACAAUUGACUUAGUUGGAGAACAAGAUGAAAAACUCGCAGAGGGAAUUAAAAUUUAUGCCAUAUCAGCAACUCCAACUUCAAAGUGUACCAUUCUAAGUGAUCUCAUCACGGUGGGAAGACCAUUGUUUUCAUACAGAGUAAAAGAGAUGCAGAUGAGGUGUCAAUGGCAUUAAUGAGUAUCAUUGCCUCUGAAGCAUUGCAUGGGGAUAUCUCUCAGCAUCAGAGGGAGAGAACUCUUAAUGGUUUCCGGCAGGGGAAGUUCACUGUUCUUGUUGCUACUGAUGUUGCAUCUCAUGGGCUGGAUAUCCCUAAUGUUGAUCUCGUCAUCCACUAUGAACUGCCAAAUGAUUCAGAGACUUUUGUCCAUCGGUCUGUUCGUACUGGACGCGCUGGGAAAGAAGGAAUGGCUAUCUUGAUGUAUACAAGUAGUCAAAGGUGAACUGUCAGAUCCAUUGAGUGAGGUGUAGGUUGCACAUUUGAGUUUAUUAGCCCUCCAGCAAUGCAUGAAGUUUUGGAGUCAUCCGCUGAGCAAGUUGUUGCGACCCUCAAAGUGGUUCAUCCUAAGUCUGUAGGGUUUUUCACUCCAACAGCACAAAAACUAACUGAAGAGCAAGGUGUAAAUGCUCUAGCUGAUGCUUUGGCUCAUUUGAGUGGUUUUUCGCAACCUCCUACAUCUCGGUCUCUUACAAAUCAUGAGCAGCAUAUCCAUGGGUCAGAGAAGGAGGAAAUGCAUCAGAUAUCCCUAUUGAUAUAUCAGUUUUGAACAAUAUGAGACAAUUUGUGAAGUACGGUCGAUUGAAACAAUUUGCUUUACGGUUAACAAAACUGCUCUGU